AUGACUUCAUUCAGGUCUGAAAAAACUAUCCAACCUCCACUAUCUACACCGUAUAUUGCAGCAACUCCCCCAACCUUCCGCACUGCUACAGGGCUAGAAUGCGGACAAGAUAUCCAAAAAUCAGAACCUGACCGUGUUUCACAACGGUCCACCCUGAUUAACUCAGAAAAGACUACUGCUUCCGUUCAGCCCAACGGGGAGAUCGAUCGAACUCGAUCUCAUCCCGGGCCCUGGAAGCACCGGCGUUAUGUCCAACAAUGCAAGUCCUCAAGCUGCAUACGUCCCGGCAGUAAAGCCGGUCUCAAAAUAAGGCCGUCAGCCUCCAAAACCACCUUCCACUUCGGAGCCGGCCUCCUCUCCGGUCUCACAUCCUCCAUCCUCCUCCAACCCGCCGAUCUCCUCAAAACCCGUGUCCAGCAAUCCGCCCAUCCCUCCUCCGUCUUCUCAACCGUAAAGGCAAUCCUGUCUUCACCUAACCCCGUCCGGAAUCUCUGGCGCGGAACUCUCCCUUCCGCGCUCCGGACGGGCUUCGGCUCCGCGUUAUACUUUACGUCGCUCAACGCGUUACGAACGAGUCUCGCUUCAACAUCGCUCACCAAUUAUGAUGCAGAUGUAAAGAAAAUAGGAAACGGGUCUUCAGCGCUCCCCAAACUCUCCCACAGCGCAAACCUCGCCACCGGAGCCGCGGCGCGGGUCGCCGCGGGCUUCGUCAUGAUGCCUGUUACCGUCCUCAAAGUCCGGUACGAGUCGGACUACUACGCGUACCGCAGCCUAUACUCCGCGGGCCGGGAUAUUGUGCGUACGGAGGGAGUGAGGGGUCUCUUCUCCGGAUUUGGCGCAACGGCUGCCCGGGAUGCGCCAUACGCGGGUUUAUAUGUCCUCUUCUACGAGCAGUUGAAGCGGUACCUUUCUGCAACAACAUCCAGCACGGAACUGCCGUCGUCAUCGUCGAUAAAUUUCGUCUCAGGGGGUCUAGCAGCUGGUCUGGCGACGGCAAUCACGAACCCGUUCGAUGCGGUUAAGACGCGGUUGCAGCUUAUGCCGGGGAAGUACGGGAACAUGAUACGUGCUGUGCGGUUGAUGGUCAGGGAAGACGGUGUACGUAGUCUGUUUGGGGGGUUAGGGCUGAGGAUUGGACGGAAGGCGCUCAGUUCGGCGCUUGCCUGGACGGUGUAUGAGGAGUUGAUUCUGAGGGCGGAGAUGAAGUGGGCGAGGGAUGAGGCCGAGGCCAGAUUGUAG